AUGGGAAAGAUCAUUCCCCAGUGCCUGGCACAACUGGACCUCCGCAAAAGCAUCGUGGGACUAGCUACAGGCGCCGCGGCCAUAUACCUGCUGUACAAGGCCAUCAGGGCUGGCAUAAAAUGUAAACCGCCUCUCUGCUCCAACUCACCCAUCUGCAUCGCCCGCCUGGCUAUCGAGAGAGAGCGCCACGGGCGGGACUCGGGUGAGAUUCGAAGACUUCUCAACUCUCUAGAGUGCAAACACGAUGAGUAUGCAAAAAGCAUGAUCCUGCACAGCAUCACCCGCUGUGUGUACUUGCUGGAGGCUGAGGCUUCCUCUUGUACUACGGAUGACAUCAGCUUGGUGGGUGAAAUGCUGGAAGACAAGGACAACAGUGUCAAGAUCCAGGCUCUGAAUGCACUUAAAGCUUUCUCUGGCAUCAGGAAAUUCAGGCUCAAAAUCCAGGAACAUUCCAUCAAGGUGCUAGAACUGAUCUCUACCAUCUGGGACACGGAGCUGCACAUAGCUGGCCUUCGACUGCUCAACAGCCUCCCACUCCCCGACUACGUGCACCCGCAGCUGCGGCGGGUGAUGCCCGCCUUGAUGGAGAUCGUGCAGUCAGACUAUAUCCUGUCACAGGUACAAGCUGUCCGCUUACUGAGUUACCUGGCACAGAAGAACGACCUUCUAUAUGACAUUCUCAACUGCCAGGUGCGUUCCAACUUCCUGAACCUCUUCCAGUCCUCUCAGCCAGGAUGCCUGCUGCUCGAGGUGCUGGUGUUCGCCGAGCGGCUGAGCGAGGGCCGGAACUCAGCCCACUACCGUGCCGUGAAGUGGCAUUACAGCGAACAGUCUCUGCACGAAGCCCUGUUUGGGGACGAGUCCAGACUGGCAGACCGACUGCUUUCCCUGGUCAUCCACCCUGAGGAGGAAGUUCAGAUCCAGGCCUGCAAAGUCAUAGUGAGCUUGCAGUGUCCCCAGGACCUGGGAUCCCGACCCUCUACCUGCCGACCCAGCCAUUCCUACUUUAAAAACGGGGAGUAA